AGUGUAAGCACAUUAUUGGCGAAAAGUAGAAGUGCAGUAUUGCUUCAGAUGACAAGUACAAGAAAUUAGUGGUGAUUGAAGAAAGAAGUUUAUUUAAUUAUUAAAUUUUAAAAAAUUUUACGGACAUAAUGGCUACGACAGAAGAAGUUACAGACAUAUUUUGGGAAAAAAUGAAUGCUACUGCUGUGGAAUGGCAACAACACUUCUAUGAAAGUCUUCCCGAGUGCAUAAUAUAUAAAAGCGAUGAACGUAAAUAUCUAAGACAGAAUAUUGGAUAUGCAAUUUAUGGAUCACCAAAGAGCACGAAGGAUGCAAGUGAAACAGAAAGGAGUUGUUUUUACAAUACAGAGAAUCCGAGCAAUACAGAAGUAACUGAUACGGUUGAUUAUGAAACAGCUAAAAAUGUCAUAGAUAAGAUAUAUGAUAAGAUAUGCGCAUAUGCUGUAGAAACCGAUGAUUCUCAACUAAUUUACUGUGGUGUAAUUUAUAAUGUGACAUUUCGUCCUAAAAUAAAUGUACAGCCUAAGAAAGAAGAAAUAAAGGAGGAAGCAAAGAAAAAAGCAAACACAGAAAGAACAAAAGAAGAUGAAGAAAAACUGCUUAGCAUUAAUAUUCCUACAAUCAUACCCAUUUUUACAAUCAGAAAGAAUGUUCAGAAAAAAUUCAAAACUAAAACGACGGCAAAACAAGAAAAUACAUCACAGUACGAAACAUGGUAUAUUGAUCUCUCUGGCAGGGUAUAUAAAGAUUGGACAGACUAUAAAAAAAAAAAUACUUUACCAAAGUGCACUAUGGUUCUUCCAAAAGAUGGUCUUUAUCAACCAAAUCCGGCCUAUUUUCCUACAGAAGAAUAUUCGACAGUUUGGCUGGAAAUUAUGGAUUCUCCUGCUUGUUCAUGGAAAUCAGUACUGUGCACUGCAAUGGAUGUCACUUCCGGUAUCGUUGGAGUUGGCACCGUUGGCUUGUAUAUCGCGUCAUUGUUUACACCUCUUGCACCAGUUGCUGCUGUGUCAGGUUCAUUAGGUCUUGGUGCUGGUGUGACCGGUCUUUGGUCACUUGCCCGAAAUUCCCAACAAUUAGCAGACCGCAGGAGCCACAAAGAAUCUAUUCAUAUUUUGAACAAAGAGGCAUUAGCACAUUAUAUCCCCUUAUUCGGUUCUGCAUUUAGUUUUGGAUUAAUUAGAGGAUCAGCGAUUAUUUCCAAUGCUGCUGCACGUGGUAAAGCAGUAAAUGCCUUUACAAAAGUAGCAUUCAAUACUGUGCAAGGUGGCUACCUGGUCUUGAACGGUGUUGGGAUUAUACAUCAGGGUUACUGUAUGUAUGACAAAUAUGUAACGGAGAAGACCGUCAGUAUCGUAGACGCGUUAAAUUUGGCGACGCAUAUCAUGUUUUUCUACGGCUCCGUAGUAAACAUUCAAUUCGCCAGCGACAUCAUCAAGAGUACCAAAGGUAGAGUUAUGAAUGAUUACAAGAACAAUUUAAAUGUCAAACGCCUCCGUAAAAAGUACAAUCGUUUUGUGAGAAAAGCUGCUGAAAGUAAUGUAUCUAAAAUAUCCGAGAAUGCGGAAGAGAUACGCCGUAUAAGACAUCGUCAAGAGCUAUUGUCAGAUCGAUCUGUAACUAGAGGUAGUCGGAUAUUAGAUGGUGCGGGCAAUAUUGUAGGUAGUACUAAAGGUAGUAUCACAUGGUCGGUCGAACGUGGUAAUUUAAAAGUCAAUGGUAUGCUAUUGUUAGAUCCCAUCGAACAUGUUACUCGUCUGAUACAACAGGGCAUAUAUAUCGGAAUCGACCAAAACGAUUCGUUUGGUACAUGUAAUUAUGCUGAUGAUUCCAUCGUUGACCAAUUAACAAAAGUACUUUGUGAUUUAUUAUCAAAGUUAUGUGUAAGCAAUUAUCCAGAAGUCAUAAAACCGAUAAUGUCGAUAAUAGAUUUCAAACCGCUGCUAAGGGAAAUGAGUUCUAUGCAUAUUACGGCCGAUUCCUUGACAAAACUAUUUAAAAUCGUUAAAAAGUUAAUGAAACAUUCCACAGAUAGGGACGACUUUCUAUUAGAAAUUUUUACUCUUAUUUGGCAGUACUGUAAAGAAAACUUGAAGAAAUGGGGCAUAAGUAUAUACACAGAUAGCACUUCCGGCAGUGAGAUUUUGCAAAAGAUUAUCACUGGAAUUUAUGAAGCAAUAGAUAUUGAUAUGCUAUUUAAUAAAUUAUAUGAUGCCAUUGUAAUGUAUAUUAAGUCUAAUAUGCAUAAAGAGAAUAUAAAUUCCAAUAUAAUUAGCGUAAAAAAACGAAACUAAAAAAAUGACACGUACAAUAAUUGAGCAAUAUAAGCCAUAAUUUUUAGAGAAAUAUAUGUUAUAUUUAAAUAAGCAGCAUGCUAAUAAAGUUUAAGCUUUAAAGUAGAGUAAUGAAGUUUUUUGCACACUAGUUUGUACAAAAAUAUGUCGUUGAACAGAUAUUAAAACUAUUUGCUUUUAAUACAAUUUUUGCUAAAAAUAUAAUGAGAAAUAAUUAUAUUGUUUGAUUCAAUCCAAUUUAUCUCAAGAGAUGUUAUCUAAUGCUAAUUAAAAUAUAACAAUCUUGGAAACUUUUAUGUGUGUAUAUUUUUGAAACAUAUUUUUUGACACAAAAGUGUUUUAAUAAAAAUUAAUAAUAUUAUAUAUUUUUUAAGUGUUGUAAUCUACAGGGUGAGACAUCUAAAACAAAACAUCGAAACAUGUCAAAAAACGAUUGAAGCAUACGAUACAUAGAAGUAUUUAGAUACAAUUUAAUUAUUCUUAAAGUUAUCGAAAAAUCAAUAUGUUAUAAAAUUUGUAUACCUUAUCAUGCC